GAGAGAGAGAGAGAGAGAGAGAGAGAGAGAGAGAGAGUCAGCGUGUGUCAGUCAUGAUGGGUUAGCCUGCUCUGACCCUGUCUCAGUUCUCUGGCAUCGCUAAGGACCAACCCCAAGUCCUGGACAGACAAGAAGAAGACAAAGAACGAAGGAAUCUUGGAGCAACAGAGAGGAGGAGAGAGGGGGAACGAGAAGACAGAGAGAGCGAGAGAGGAGGAUGAGUGUGUACACUCUGAACCUGCGGGUGUUCUGGCCUCUGUUAACCUGUGUGUUGACAGGUCUGGUUCUCCACCACCACAUCACCCACUGGCUAAGCUCAGAAUCAGGCCCAGAAUCAGGCCCCGAUCCUGGGUAUGAGGUUGGGACAGAGCCCUGCUCUGACCAGGGCCCUCCGGUCUUGCUCUCACUCAUCAAACUACUACUGGCCUGUAUCCUCUGCUACCUCUUCAUAAGGUACUGCUCCACCCACCCAGGGGGGGCCCAGAGGGUGCCUCUCGAGGCCGCUGACGGAGCUCUGAAAUCGGGUCGUCGGGAGGUCCUGGAGGACUACUACGAGCGCUGGGUGCGUCUGUCUCCUCACGUCCUGGGGCACAGCAAGGCCCACGUGGCCAAACUGGUCGGGGAGCUGGUCAGAGCCGGACGUGCCACUGGAGGCAUCCCAGAGUCCUCUCUGGCGUUCCGGGGAGACUUCCUGCAGGUGGGCAGUUCAUACGAGGAGCACAAGGUGGGAGCUCCAGACUACUAUGACAUCCUGGUACCUCUUAAGGUUCCCCGAGAACUGAGACUGGAGCCACGAGUACACAGGGGUGAGAGGAGAGAGAAUGGGAGAAAGUCAGAGAAGGGGAACAGGAUGAGGGUAAGAAGCAGUAAAGUGAAGGAUGUCCCAAAGGAUGACAGCAAGGUGGAGGAGAAGAUGGAGGUCAACGAAGAAGGGAAGGAAGACUUGAAGGAGGAGGUGAAGGAAGAGAUGAAAGGGGAAUGCUCAGAGGACGGUGGGUGGAGCGGCGUGCCGCGGUGCAGCCUAGAGAUGCCUCGUCGUAGUGACUGGGUUCGAAAACACCGCAACUUCACUGACACGUUUUUACGGCUGCACCCUUCUCAGGGGACGCCCGAAAGGUCAUUGAGGUCAUCGUCAGGGGUCACGGCGGGGUCAGGAGGAGGAGGAGGGGGCGGAGUCUAUCGCCUGACCCCGGACUCCGUCCUCCGUUGGUUCUACCCGGCGGUCCAGCGUUGCCUAGCGACCGUACGCUACCCUUUCGAGCAGCGGUGUACGCUGAGUCUGACGCUCGCCGACGACCGUGUGCAGCUCCGCCUCACACCGCGCUCCGACUACGUCUGCUGUCACAUCUCCAUGGCAAUACGGCUCCUCCCCGCCAUCCCCCUAGGAGACGGGGUCUACCUGGUUCCCAUGGAAACGACGGCCUCAGUGGAGAUGACUAAUACAGACCAGCACCAGGACCCACAGAACCAGGAGAAGGACCUGUGGACUAUUUUCUUCCCCCGCCAGGAGCAGCGUCUGCUGGGCUGGCUCCGUGGCCGCUCUCCCCAGCCCUCCUGCCACCUCAAGGUGCUCCAGCUGACCAAGGCCCUGCGUGACCUGGGUGGCCAGGCCCUGGACAGUAACCAGGGGGCGCUCUGGAGGUCAGUCCUCUCCUCCUACACGCUGAAGACGGCCUGGCUGCGUCUGCUACUCAGCUCUCCUGCAGAGGCCUGGGAGGAACGCCAUCUGGUGGCCAGAAUGGAGGAGCUGGUCCGCAGCCUGAGGGAGAGCCUCCAGAACCGGGUUCUGGAUCACCUCUUCCUGGGGAGCGACAGCGGCUCCAUCCUGCCUGACUCUGUGGCUCUACCUAAGUUGGUCAAGGAGGCGGUGGGAGCUCCACUGGGGGGUCCAGUGGAGGGUUCGGGGAGACGUUUGGGGGGUUCGGCAGGGAACCUCUGGGCAGGUGUGGACCCGGCCUCAUUGGACCUAGUGUCGGGCCGGUUGGCGUAUGCCUGGAGCCAUCUCCACCGGCUGAUCAGGCUUGGCCGACCCCAGAGGAGUAGCUUGGGGCUGGGCAGGGCAGCCAACGUAAACUGCCUGCAUCUGCAACCUGGAGAAUAACCAACUUUCCUGGAAACAAAUGAAAAGGAUUACGGUUCUAAAGGUGAAACAGGGGUUGACAGACAGAUACAUAGACAGACGGGAUGGAUGAGACAUCGGACUACAUGCACAUCCGAAGGUUGUAAAGGAGCUGCUGGUGUAGAAUCCAAAAAAGUCUAUAACAGUGAUGGGACAUUCUCCGAGCCAUCACCCUUAAUCCAGUCAUAUGAAUGGAAAUCAUAGGGAAUGUUUGAAUUUGUAAUUUAUGAAUUUGUAAUUUAUGAAUUGGUAAUUCAUACAUUUGUGAUUUUUCCCUGGUACCUAAUGAAUUAGGUUCCAUUCAUAACCAGAGUGAUUGGAUGUCUGAUUCCCUAUUACGAUGCCCUAUUACGUAUUUAGUGCACUACAUUGGACCAGAGUCCCAUAGGGCUGUGGUUCAAAGUAGUGCACUAGGCAAUAGGGUGCCAUUUGGGAUGCUUUCUUUGCUGUUUGUAUUAUCAGUUCAGGGACAGACAGUGUAACGGCAGGGUAAAGUCCCAGUUCAGGG